AUGAGUGGUGACGAGUCUCCGCCACUACUUGAUCGCGAGUAUAGUCCAUCUGAUGAUACGUUUGCGAUUAUGUCGCAAGAUGUGUCUGUAAACGGGAAAAUGGACACCUUCACACUACACGAUUCGAAGGAAACGUUUGGAGAAACGAAACCAACGCAGUUGAAGUUGCCCACAGACGACAGUAUUGAUAGAAAGUACCCAGCCAUGACACCUGGUGGAACCCUUGGGAUGCGAAGACAGCAGCGCACUGUGACUGAGCAGCCACUGAACAACAAUCUCACACUUGACCAACUGAAUCCUCCGCUUGCCGAGGCGUUGGCAGCAAUGAAGUCGAAGAACGGAGUGAUCUCGAAAUCUGGUAACAACAGUUCAGUGAGUAUCUCAAAUGGAUACACAGGCCGCCGUGAACUUCUUCCCACACGGAUGUCUGGUCCAGUGACUCUAGAAGCACUGGCACCUUCAAAUUCGAACACUACAGAUGGUAACGUUGCGACCUCGGGUCAUUUGGUGUCAUUCAACGGACUUACAACGGAAGUGCCUGAAGAAAUACAUUGCCACCUCUGUGAUUAUCCAAUGAAGCUAUGUAUACGAAAAAGUAAAUACAAGGGAGAAAUACGGGAAUAUGCGGCCUACAGGUGUCUCCGUAAGGGUUGUCAAACGUUCCGUUCAGUACGCAAAGUGAUUGAGCCUGAUUUGUCGCUUCCUCGAAAAAGGAAGCUUGAAGAAUCUGCUGUAGAGGCUUCCGAUGCUUGUAACGUGAGUUCAAGAUCUGAUGAUAAUUCUGUUGAGCGGAAAUCUCAUUCAGAUACGGAUAAUCAUGGUGAUGGAUCUAAUAAAGGUACGCUGGUAUUUAUACCGGGCAUUGUUACAAAAAAGCACAUGGAGGCGAUGCAGAAGUUCACCUUUGACCUUCUUGGUGGAGCUACUGGUCCACUGGAAACCACACCUAGACCACUGUUCGCCUUUGUAAAGAUGAACACCUGGGACGUAAACUGUCUGCUUAAAACGCAAGAGGGGCUGAAGAAACUCGAGUUUCUCCUAAUGAACGCACCUCAGCCGUCAACUCCUGAAUUUAUCAUCAAGGCUUGCGAAAAUCUGGCGAACAUGUACCGUGCAAGUGAACUAACAAAAGCGAAUGUCGCUCGUAUCGCCCCCGCUUUUCUUCCACAAAUGGGUAACACCGUUUUUCCACAAGUGGAGAACACCGUUCUUCCACAAGUGGAGAACACCGUUCUUUCACAAGUGGAGAACACCGUUCUUUCACAAACGGAUAACACCGUUUUUCCACGAAUUGAGAACACCGUUUUUCCACAAAUGGAGAACAUUUUUGCUCCACAAAUUGGGAGCACCUUUGUUCCACAAGUGGGGAACGCCGUUUUUCCACAAGUAGAGAACAUCGUUUCUCCACAAAUCGAGAACACCUUUGUUCCACAAAUGGGGAAUACUGUUAUUCCACAAAUGGAUAACACCGUUAUUCCACAAAUGGGUAACACCGUUAUUCCACAAAUGGGUAACACCGUUAUUCCACAAAUGGGUAACGCCGUUAUUCCACAAAUGAGUAACACCGUUAUUCCACAAGUGAGUAACACCGUGAUUCCACAAAUGGGGAGCCCCGCGGAACGUUCGCUUUUGCCACAGUUUCCAGAUAUUUCUCAAUUUGCGCCGUUUCCGAACUAUAUGCAAAGUGUUCCUUGUUCUGAAGGCGUUAUUCCACCAAUCCAAACUCUAUAUCCCCCUGCGAAUGGUGUACAUUCCCCAACACAGGGUCUAUAUCCCCCAUUGGAGGAUCUAUGCCCCCCAGUCCGUACUGUACAUCCAGCAGUGCAGGAUCUAUACCCACCAGCGCAUAGUCUAUAUCCACCACCUCCACUUGCACCUCUACAGUUUUGUACUUAUCCCAGUUAUAAUAUGACACCUGAACCACUGGGAUUUGAAACCAAGCCUCCACCAUUUAAUAAUGAAGUAAACUUGUAA